AUGUCUUGCUUUCAUCUACCAAACACACAUUUACCCAUCAAACAUCCGCCCACCUCACAUCCACCCACCACAUAUUCAUCCACCACUCAUCCAUCCACCACACGUCUAUCCCCCACAAAUCUACUCAUCCACCACCACACAUCCACCACCACACAUUCACCACCACACAUUCACCACCACACAUUCACCACCACACAUUCACCACCACACAUCCACCACCACACAUUCACCACCACACAUUCACCACCACACAUUCACCACCACACAUUCACCACCACACAUUCACCACCACACAUUCACCACCACACAUUCACCACCACACAUUCACCACCACACAUUCACCACCACACAUUCACCACCACACAUUCACCACCACACAUUCACCACCACACAUUCACCACCACACAUUCACCACCACACAUUCACCACCACACAUUCACCACCACACAUUCACCACCACACAUCCACCCACCACACAUCAACUCAAGGAUAAAACUCUAA